AUGACCAAGGCCAUGCUGGAGCAGGUGCACCUCAGAGUGACUGGGGCUGUGGAUAAGUCUCUGCCGCAGCAGGUACAUCCCUGGAGAGACUGUCGCUCAUGGGAGCUGACCGAGGAGUGCCUGCUCACGAACGGCAGUUGCCUGGGAAGUCAGGAAAGCAAAGCUGACAGCCCAUGGGUUCUUCCUGAUUUGCCCAGUAAGUGCACAUGGACAGCUGCAACGCCUGCCACCAAGUCUCCACACUCCUGUGUGCCCUUGCCAGAAGAAACAAAGAUCUUGCCCAACAUCCUGAAGAAAAUUGGCUGCACGCCAAUGGUUCGAGUCAACAAGAUUGGGAAGUCCUAUGGGCUCAAGUGUGAGCUCUUGGUAAAAUGUGAGUACUUCAAUGCGGGGGGCAGUGUGAAGGACCGCAUCAGCCUGAGGAUGGUGGAAGAUGCAGAGAGAGCUGGGAUUAUAAAGCCAGGAGACACGCUGAUUGAACCCACUUCAGGAAACACAGGAAUCGGGCUGGCACUGGUAGCUGCACUGAAAGGUUACCGCUGCAUCACUGUCUUGCCGGAGAAUAUGAGCACGGAGAAGGUCGAUAUCCUGAAGGCACUGGGGGCUGAAAUUGUGAGGACCCCGUGCGCCCGCUUUGAUGCCCCAGAGUCUAACAUUCGUGUUGCCUGGAAGCUGAAAAGUGAAAUCCCAAACUCUCACAUCCUGGACCAGUAUCGAAAUCCAAGCAACCCUCUGGCUCAUUACGACACUACAGCUGAGGAGAUCCUGGAGCAGUGUGAAGGCAAGGUCCACAUGGUGGUGAUCGGGUCUGGGACAGGAGGCACCGUCACUGGUGUUGCCAGGAAGCUGAAGGAGAAGUGCCCAGAGUGCAAGAUCAUUGGCGUAGAUCCCGAUGGCUCCAUCGUCGCUCUGCCCAGUGAGAUGAACACGACGAACACCACAACCAUCGAAGUGGAGGGCAUUGGGCAUGACUUUAUCCCUACUGUCCUUGACAGAUCAGUGGUUGAUCAGUGGUAUAAAUGCAACGACAGAGACUCAUUCCUCAUGUCUCGCAGGCUGAUCAGAGAGGAGGGAUUACUGUGCGGUGGCAGCUCGGGCAGUGCCAUGUCCGUUGCUGUCCGGGCUGCCAAGGACCUGAAGGAAGGUCAGCGCUGCGUCGUCAUCCUGCCUGACUCCGUCAGGAACUACAUGUCCAAAUUUUUGAAUGAUAAGUGGAUGAUAAAAAAUGGUUUCCUAAAUGACGUCCAGGAGCACAAGCCUUGGUGGUGGAACAUCAAGGUGCAGAAACUGAAUCUCUCAGCGCCCCUCAUUCUCCUCCCAGAAGUCAGCUGUCAAAAGGCAAUUGAGAUCCUUCAGGAGAAGAGAUACGACCAAGCUCCUGUUGUUGCCGAAUCAGGACGUAUUUUGGGAACGGUGACUCUCAGCAACACCCUCACCUCGGUGAUGGCUGGAAAUGUGCAGUUCUCGGACCCUGUUACGAAGGUUAUCUAUGACCAGUUCUCAAAGAUUGGCCUGGAGGACAGCCUUGGGAAACUUUCCUGCAUCCUGGAGAAUGACCAUUUUGCUAUCGUUGUACACGAGCAAAUGCAGUUCAAUGGAAAUGGCAGUUCCUUCAUGAAGCAGAUGGUGUUUGGUGUAGUCACAGCGAUGGACCUCCUCACCUUUGUCAGCAAAAAUGACAAGCAGCAGCACACGCAGCCCAGCGCUCUCAGGCUCUGUGGGCACGGGGGUUCCAUGCAUCUGCCAGAGGAACGGGAUUUUCAGAACAUGGCUCUCGCCGGUGCCCUUCACCUGUCGCUCGCCUGCCUCCUGCUCUGUGGUGCAUCCCCGAAACCCACGUGUGACCCCAGCGCCUGCACCCCAUGCUCUGAGAGGGACGUGGAGGGACCAACCACCACCGCCACCAGGGGCUGCUGCCCUCCCUGCCCCCCACCCUGUGCCUGUCCCCCCUACCUGGAGAGCGACUGCGAGAUGCAAGGCUUCGCCAGCGGCCACGUCCCCUCCGGCCGCUCUUUCUACAUCGACUUUGCCCGCAAGCUGUGCACCUGCCACCCCAGCGGGGACAUCACCUGCGCCCCGCUGUGCCCCCGCCUGCCCCCCACCUGCCAGGCCGGAUUUUACUGCAGCCGAGCCGGGGGGAGGGGGGCAGAAAUUGCCGUCCCUGAGCAGCGAGGGUGCCCACGCCUCUGCGUGCUCUGGGUCCAGCCGGCUGCCAGGGCUCCCCAGCUCCAGCACAAGGGUCAGUAUGGGAACAAUGAGGAGUUAUUCUUCAAAUAUCUGCGCAAAAAGUCCCCACUGGCUUCUCUGCAAGCUGCCUGCUGGAGGUGGUGA